CCCUCAGUGUAGGUUUGCGUUUUACAGCUCAUGAAGUUUCUUGGGAGUCUCCAAAACUGUGACUGUUUUAGCCUUUAAAUCAGUGCAUUUUUUGGCUUCAUUUCGACCUAUCCCUCUGGAUUAUCCUCUAAUGAUGGAAUAAGAAGUAGUCAUGGUGGUGAAUUCAGUCCACUGGUUUCGCAAAGGUCUGCGGUUGCACGAUAAUCCGGCGUUGCAGGAGGCCCUGAAUGGAGCUGACACAGUUCGCUGUGUUUAUAUCCUGGACCCGUGGUUUGCUGGCGCCGCUAACGUGGGAAUCAACCGAUGGAGGUUUCUGCUGGAGGCUCUGGAAGACCUGGACAGCAGUCUGAAGAAGCUCAACUCCAGAUUGUUUGUAGUCAGAGGGCAGCCUACUGAUGUUUUCCCAAGGCUUUUAAAGGAGUGGGAAGUGACUCGGUUGACAUUUGAAUAUGACCCAGAGCCUUAUGGGAAGGAGAGAGAUGGGGCCAUCAUCAAAAUGGCCCAAGAGUUUGGAGUGGAGACCAUUGUCAGAAACUCACACACCCUCUACAACCUGGAUAGGAUAAUAGAGAUGAACAACAACAGUCCUCCUCUGACCUUUAAGCGGUUUCAGACCAUUGUGAGCAGACUGGAGUUGCCUAGGAGACCACUGCCUCCCAUCACCAAGCAGCAGAUGGACAAUUGUCACACUAAAAUAGCUGACAACCAUGACCAACUAUACAGUAUCCCUUCACUGGAAGAACUAGGGUUCAGGACAGAGGGUUUACCUCCAGCUGUGUGGCGAGGAGGAGAGUCAGAGGCCUCAGACAGACUCAACAAACAUCUGGACAAAAAGGUGUGGGUAGCCAACUUUGAGCAUCCUCGAGUAAACAGGUGUUCUCUGUAUGCCAGUCCUACUGGCCUCAGCCCCUACCUGCGCUUCGGCUGUCUGUCCUGUAGGGUUCUGUACUACAACCUCAGAGAGCUCUACAUGAAGCUCCGAAAGCGUUGCAGUCCUCCUCUGUCCCUGUUUGGCCAGUUGUUAUGGAGGGAGUUCUUCUACACAGCUGCCACCAACAACCCAAACUUUGACCGCAUGGAGGGAAACCCCAUCUGUGUCCAGAUCCCAUGGGACCAGAACCCAGAGGCACUGGCUAAGUGGGCUGAGGGUCGGACUGGUUUUCCCUGGAUUGACGCUAUCAUGACCCAGCUGAGACAGGAGGGCUGGAUCCACCACCUGGCCCGACAUGCCGUGGCCUGUUUCCUCACCAGGGGAGACCUGUGGAUCAGCUGGGAGAGCGGCAUGAAGGUGUUUGAGGAGCUGCUGCUGGAUGCAGACUGGAGUGUAAAUGCUGGCAGCUGGAUGUGGCUGUCCUGCAGUGCCUUCUUCCAGCAGUUCUUCCACUGCUACUGUCCUGUCGGCUUUGGAAGGAGAACUGACCCAUCAGGAGACUACAUCAGGCAUUACAUCCCCAUCUUGAAAGACUACCCGAAUCGGUACAUCUAUGAGCCGUGGAAUGCCCCGGAGUCGGUCCAGAAGGCAGCCAACUGUGUGGUGGGAGUGGAUUACCCCAAACCAAUGAUUAAUCAUGCAGAGGGCAGCAGGCUCAACAUAGAGAGAAUGAAACAAGUUUACCAGCAACUCUCCCAUUACAGAGGACUCAGUCUACUAGCAUCAGUACCAACCAUCCAAGAGGAGGCAGAGCCACCAAUGACGGAUGAGUCGCAGACCAGCAGUGGCCCUGACUCUCCUCCCAGAGGUCCUGCUGACAGUGAAGCAGCUGGCUGCUCUACAGCGCCUGAUUCGUCCACAGUCUGUGCAUCCUCCACCUAUGCCCCAUAUCCCGAGCCGGAGGACGCAGUGAACAUUCACCCUUCCCAGACACCCUGCCCCUCAUCAAGCUCACGCACACAGCCCUCUGCAGCCAUAACAUCUACUGCCAGCAAUCCUCUGUCCACACCUAUCAACUCCUCACCAGCCCACUGCCCACUAUCGGUGUCCCCUGCAGCCUCAUGUUCCACCUUGUCCUCGUCCCUCAGUCCCGCAACAACCGCAACUCUCUCCUCUCUGGGGCACAGGAGGAAGGGCCUUGCCUGCAAGGUCCGGCGCAGCCAGAGGCAGCGAGGGCGACUGAUCUGCACUCCAGCAGCCAGGGAGGGAGAGAGGAGAUCAGAGGAGGAGGAGGAGAGGGAGGAAGCAGAAGGGGAGGAGAGGAUGGAGGAGGACGUUGAGCAGGAUGAGGAGAGAAUGGAGGAGGCGACUUCUGGAGAGACUGCAGGACAUCAGCAGUAAUACCAGGUGGAGUUCAAAAGAACAAUGUUUAAACGUCCUUCCUGGAGAAGUGGACUGAUAAGGAAUACAAGGAACAGGGUUCUGGAUAUGUGGACAACAUAAAUGUACAUUAGCAUGCAUACAACUGGAGGUAGAGCGGGUCAUCAGCUGAUCCCCAGCUCCUUCUGUCACCAUGUCGAAGUGUCUUUGGGCAAGACGCGAAACCCUAAACUGCUCGUGAUGCUCAUGCCAGCAUCUUGCAUGAUGGCUCACGCUCAUCGGCGUGUGAGUGUGUGAUUGGGUGAAUGUAUAGCGCUUUGGUUAAUAGCGCUAUAUAAAUGCUGCCAUUUACAAAAGUGGAGGCAGUAAAAAAGCAUUUUACUCAAAUUUAUCCCAGUCCUGGAAAAAAUGUAAAUAUUGUCUGGACAAUCAUUUAAAUAAGAGUAGCACAUUUUAGAACAGAAGCAGUCCAGAAAUACUGUAAAUGAUUAAACAGAUAUUUUUAUUUGAGGAAAUGAAGGAGGUCAUAAUCCUAAAAGUAAUAAUUAAUGAGUAAUCUUCUCUUGUACAGUUCCUUCUCUGAGACAUACACACACAGUUAGUAAGAAGCAACAUUAUGUACCGCCACUCUUACGCAAUACAACAUAGUCUGGCCAUUAGCAAUAGCACCUCUGUACUUGUACUGUCCUCUUGCUUCUACAAAUGUCCUCUCCUUAGAAACCAGGUUGGGCAGGAGCCUGAAUGUUGCCUGCCAAAACACACUGUCCUAUAUCUGCACUAGACUCUCUGUAACUGAACUGAAAAUAAUUUGAUAAAGCAGUGUAUUCUGACUUUUUGCUGUAAACAUCUUGCAAAAUUGUGGUUUAUGAGAUUUAACAAGUUAUGGUUGAGUCCCAGAAUGAUGGUCUACAUGAUUCUGGGUCCUGUUCAGGCCAAAAACUUACUGUUCAGCUCCAGACAGAUGUACUAGCCUUUAUGUUGUAGCUCCAUUCUGUGUACAGUUGUGAACAUUUUGGGCCUGUUUUUAGGAGGCAGUCGUUUAUAUUCAGAUGGGAAAACAGUGAUGGAGAACGCUCUUGUUGAUGUCUGAUUUAGGGGUCAAAAAAGAAGACACUUCUGACCCUGGGGAAAUAGAUGGAUGGGUCGAAAUUUCCUCAAAGAGGGAUCAUAGUUUGUUAUAAGACAAACCUCUCAGCCCGUGCAGGUGUCAUAUUAUUGGUGUUAAAAACUAGCGGGAACUGUGAAGUUUGAAUCCUAGAAGGUAAAAGAGCAAAUCAGCCAGUAGAACCCCGACUUCAGCCCAUCAGGGCUAAACUGGUCACAGGUCAGAAAAGCUCACAGCUCCCACUUAGCCUCAACACAAGCCCUAAUCAGAUACUUGGGUUUUGCUGUACAUUCCAGCUAACAACAGGAUGAUGCUCUGUGGUGCGAGAGGACAGUCUGUGGGCUACAUGGAUAUUUAUUUGUUUUGUAUUGUACAAAAAGAGUUUAUUUUCAUUAAAAUUGCUGAAGGCAUUGUGAUUGAAA